AUGUUUCCAGGCUCCGGUCACAACACCUACGGAGGAUACCCUCCUCCACAAGGUCCUCCUCCUAACAAUAAUGGCUACAACUCUGGCCCCAAUAAUAGCUACAGGCAACAGGGCUAUUCUCGUCCACAGGGACCUCCUCCAGGUCAGUAUGAUCAACAAUCCCAGUACUCUCAGCAAUCUCAACCAUCUGCUCCUCCUCAAGGAGGCACUGGCUAUGGCGACCAGAGUCAAUGGGGACGUCCUACAGGGCCCCCUCCAUCUGGAUCUCAGUCCUUCGGUCAGAAUUCUGGCUACACGUUCCAAUAUUCGAACUGUAGUGGGCGUAAAAAGGCGCUUUUGGUAGGAGUAAACUACUUUGGCUCACCAAACGAAUUGCGGGGCUGCAUCAACGACGUCAAGAACAUGAGUUCGUUUCUUGUUGACCAUUGGGGCUACCAGUGGAACGACAUUGUCAUUUUGACAGAUGACCAGAACGAUAUAUCUCGAGUUCCAACCAAGAACAACAUCAUCAGGGCGAUGCAAUGGCUUGUUAAGGAUGCACGUCCUAAUGACUCGUUGGUAUUCCACUAUUCUGGUCACGGGGGUACAACAGCGGACACGGAUGGAGACGAAGAAUCUGGUUACGAUGACGUUAUCUACCCUGUUGAUUUCCAGCAAGCUGGUCAUAUAGUGGAUGAUGACAUGCAUGCAAUUAUGGUAAGACCUCUUCCUCCUGGUUGUCGUUUGACGGCUUUGUACGACUCUUGCCAUUCUGGAACCGCUCUCGACUUACCCUAUGUGUACUCCACUAAGGGAGUAGUCAAGGAACCUAAUUUGUUGAAGGAUGCAGGCUCGGAUGCACUUAAUGCAUUCAUUAGUUAUGAGCGAGGCAACAUUGGAGGUGCCAUUUCGUCGCUUACUGGAUUGGUUAAGAAAGUAGCCCGCCAAGGCUCUACCAACCAGGACCAGGUAAGACAAGCUAAGUUCUCUGCAGCUGAUGUGAUCUCGAUUUCUGGGUGUAAGGAUGACCAGACUUCUGCUGAUGCAAAGGAAAACGGCCGAGCCACCGGUGCUAUGUCGUGGUCGUUCAUCAAAGUGUUGAACGAGCUCCCCAACCAGUCGUACUUGUCUCUUUUGAACAAUAUGAGAACGAUCUUGGCGGCCAAGUACUCGCAAAAGCCGCAAUUGAGUUGUUCUCAUCCUCAGGAUAUGAACAUUCAAUUCAUCAUGUAA